AGACCAAUUUUUUAUCUCUGUUUUCCAAUGGCUUCUUCUUCAAUCUCCAUAACUUCUGGAGUUUUUUUGGUGAUUUUUGUGUGGCUAUGGAGUAGUUGUUUGUAUGCUAAUGGAUGCUAUACGUCCAUCAUCAGCUUCGGUGACUCCCUUGCUGACACCGGUAACCUUAAACACCUCGCCUCGAUAUCCAACCGAGUGCUUCCACUUUUUUUACCACCUUACGGCGAAAACUUCUUGAAUCAAUCCACCGGACGUUGUUCUAAUGGCCGCCUCAUCAUCGACUUCCUUGCUGAGAGGCUCGGGUUGCCAUUGGUACCACCAUUUCUACAAGACAAGGGGAACAACAACAUGGUGACAUUCAAACAAGGAGUGAAUUAUGCAGUGGCGGGUGCAACAGCGUUGGAUCGAUCAGUUCUUGAACCAAGAGGGAUUGUAAAUCCCAUGACAAAUGCGUCUUUAGGAGUUCAGUUAGCAUGGUUUAAACAAUCAUUGCCUUCUAUUUGUGGCAACGAAUCAAAUUGUAGAGAUUUUAUUGGACGAUCUUUGAUCCUUGUCGGAGAGAUCGGAGGAAAUGAUUACAACUAUCCAAUUCUUUGGGGAAAAUCCGUCGAAGAGGUUGAAUCAUUUGUUCCUCUUGUUAUCGAUAUAUCAUCAUCUCAGCAAUCGAUGAAUUGAUUGAAAUGGGUGCCAAGACACUAGUUGUUCCAGGAAACUUUCCAGUUGGAUGCUCUGCAUCCUAUUUGACAGUUUGCGGUUCGGAGAAAGAAGAGUAUGAUCAUGU